UACGUCACUUCCGGAGAGGAUCACUUCCGUGUUAUUUGUUAGUCAGAACACCUGAAAUAUUUUCAGCGCUUCAACAACGUCUCUGGACAACAGAUCUAAGAUUAGCACUGCAUAAAGUGGGCGAUAUCACUUCAUAGCAUAAGCUGACGCAUAUACUACCUUCACAAUGUCGAAGAUGGACGAAACCCUUUUCCAGCUCAGGUUCACUGCCAAGCAGCUGGACAGGUUGGCCAAAAAGUCAGAAAAAGAAGAAAAACAGCAGAAAGCCAAAGUGAAGAAGGCCCUGCAGCAGAAGAACGUGGAUGUAGCUAAGAUUUAUGCUGAAAAUGCCAUCAGGAAGCACAAUGAAGGCCUGAACUACCUACGGAUGUCAGCCAGGGUGGAUGGAGUGGCUUCCAGGGUACAGUCAGCUGUGGCAAUGAAGCAGGUUACCAAGGAUAUGGGACAUGUGACUAAAGCUCUGGACAAGGCCAUGGGAUCCAUGGAUCUGCAGAAGGUAAGCCAAGUGAUGGAGAAGUUUGAGAAGCAGUUUGAAGACUUGGAUGUCCACACACAGACCCUGGAGAGUUCCAUGGGUACUGCUACAACACUGACAACCCCUCAGGACCAGGUCGAUGACCUCAUAAAGCAGGUGGCGGAGGAGAGUGGCCUGGAGGUGAUGAGUCAGCUGGAGGGACUGGGGCCUGCUCAGGACAGCAUCGGAGCCAGCAGCUCAAAGACACAGACUCAGGAGGACCAGCUGUCCAGAAGGUUGCAGGCACUCCGGAAUUAAAUCAAGUCAGCUGUCAUGAUACAGAGAGGUGUUGAAGAUGACAGCAUUUUUUAAAAGCUGACAUUACCUGUAUAAAAUGAUAGGCUAGGGAUACAGUCAUAGUUAGUGGUAUGUGUGGGUAUGUACAGUUUAUGUGAUAUUGAUAGUCACAUGAUGCAAGCAGUAAGGCAGAUAAAAAUGCUCCUUAAUCCUGGUUAUAAUGCUUUGCAAGGUAUAAUAUAUAUCGAGAGGUGGAUAGGGGGAAUUGUAGUACAGGUACAUGUGUGUAUCAAAGUAGAAUUCUUAAGUAAAGAAACCCAGAAUUAUUUGGAAAGUUUAAGUGCAUUGAACCUUGUUCAACAAUUACUUUUCUUUAACUUGUAUAUUGUAGCAACAGCAUAGAACUCUACCCUGUAUGUCAGUAUAGCUAGGAAUGAGAAUCAACACAAUGAAUUACAGUACAAGGAGCAAAUGCCCAAGAUUCUUGUUAUGAUUGUUCUUGUAAAAUACCAGUAGUUCUGAAUACACAAAAGGAAAUUAUUAAUAUUGUUUGUACACUAAGUGGUGUGGCUUGUCAGUUACUUUCUAGGAGCUUUAGCCUGGGUGCCAUCCUCUGUAGUUUCCACCUGCCCCUUAGGUGUAAAUUGCCAAAAAGUCAGCAUGCUUUUUAUCAAAUUUUGUAAAUUCACUUCUGAUCUGUAAGCACAACAUAGAUUUCCAAAGAAAAUUUCCAAACAGUCUUGUAUGUUUUAUAUGUUGGGCUAAGAAAUAAAGAGACAACAGUGACACAA